CCUGAGGCUCUGCGGCCGCAGCUGGGGGCGUAUGGGGCAGUUGUGGAGGGGGAAGAUGACGCGGAGGAGGAGGAGGCGGCUGGGGGCCGUUCCCGACCCAGAUCAGCAGCGGCAGCGCCUGCAGGGGGCAGCGGCGGCAGCGGUUGCGAGGGAGGAGGAGGAGCAGGAGCGGCCCCUGCCCCUUCCUCCCCUGCUCCUCCCCUGCUGCGUGACGUCCACUUUGUGAGUCUGGACAGUCACGACGAGUUCGUGCUGUGGCGGCUGCAGCCGGGGUGGGUGGUGAUGCUGGAGCCGGACCUGGCCUUCCUGAGGCAGGUGGAGGUGUACCAGGCGGAGCGCUCCCUGCGCGGCAGUCCGCCCCUCUGGCUGCACACCCUCACCUACUCCGCCUCCCUGGAGCAGCAGCGCUUCAGGGCUGCAGUGGAGAGGGAGAGGGACUGCGCGCUGAGGCUGAUCGCAGCAAAACAACACAUCGUGCUACCAACCACCGCUGCUGCUGGUGGUGGUGCUGCUUCUGGUGGUGGCAAUGCCAUACAGUCGGUUGCUGGCAGUGGCGGCGGCAGUGGGGGUGCAGUGAGUGCGGACCUGUGGUUGGAUGUGUAUUCCGCGAAUGCGUUGACACGGGCGGCGGGCGGCAGGGCGGCGGGAGCGACCCGUGGGUCAGCGGCGUCGGCGGCGACGCCUCGGCGGUUGGUGGUUGAUGUACGGGAGUUUAUGAGCAACCUGCCUGCCGUACUGUACAACAAGGGUUUCGAUCUCGUGCCCGUCACACUGGAGGUGGGCGACUACGUGCUCUCCCCGCAGACGGUUGUGGAGCGCAAGAGCAUACCCGACCUGCACGCGAGCCUGGCCAGUGGCAGGCUGUACCACCAAGCCGAGUCCAUGUCCCGACACUACUCCCGCCCGCUGCUGCUGAUUGAGUUCGACCCCGACCGGCAGUUCGGGCUGCAGGGGGCCGGGGAGCUGGGGGACGACAUAGACCCGCGCCACGUCAUCAGCAAGCUCACACUGCUGACACUGCACUUCCCCAAGCUGAGGCUGCUCUGGUCCCGCAGUCCGCACGCCACCGCCGACCUGUUCGCCUCCCUCAAGUCUAACCAGGACGAACCCGACCCGCAGCAGGCGGCUCUGGUG